AGGGGGUUCUGUUUCAGUUGUACACACAGAAUAAAACUAACCCUGGGAAACUCGGCAGCAUAUUUCACACCAGGCUUUGCUACAAACACAGCCGCUGUUCUAGGGACUUUGAGAUCAAUGUCAAGUGGUCUUGCUUGCACAGAGCAGCAGCUGGUGUCUCAGAAGAACUUGCUGGCUGCAGCUGGUAUCUUUAGCCUUUGCCUUCCUAGUGGUGACAACACAUCGCAUCACAGGGAGACACAGAUGGGAAGCAGAUCAACUGGAUUCAAGAGAACCACCUCCGCUGGGUACCGGUUACCAGCAGCCAGACCUUUGGUGGAACUCGUCUCAUCCUCGUCUCCUUCUCUCAGCACCACCCAGCAUGGGAAAGCUCUGCCUGCCAAUCGGGUCUUAGCACAACAGGCAGCCCGGGCCAGGGAGAAGGAGCAGGCAGUACUGCGGAGGGACCCGGUUCAGCAGGACAAGAUCUGGAGGGAAUUUAUGGAUGCCGAGUGGAGGGGAAGAAAAUAUUGGUACCAGAAUUGGGGCUUCAUGAAGGACUAUGAUCCAAUGGGUAAGAAAAAGGAGCAGGAGCAACUGCCCGAGUAUAUGCCUGUGUUCUCAGACAAAAUUCCCAACACCACCAACCAGACUAUCGGCAGUAGAAUGAACACUGAAAUUGGCAAAACUCUAGUAAACAUGGAUUACUUCCUCAGCCGUGGAAGACAAAAGAAGAAACUUGAGCAUGAGUUCCAGCCCUCCUAGUGUUAGAAAGAAAAUAUCCCUAACAAGAUAUGUGGCAGGAUUCAAGCUAACAAUCUUUUUAGAGUCGCACAGUAAUGAAGUUACAAAGCAUCAAAUCCUUUCCUGAUAUCACUGUCUUGCAUGGCAUUUUUUCAUGAGCAAAGGUGGACCUUGUGCUUAAAAAUCUUCUGGGGAGAUCCUCUUAAUAUUUGGAGUGAUCAGAUUAGAGUGGAUAUAAACAUGUGCUGUUUAGAUCACAGGAUCCAAUCAUGCUCCCAUCAAAGAAAAUGGCAUUAACUUCAGAUGGAACAGGGUCACCAGAAAAGAAACCCUAACUUAUCUAAGAUUGGUCACAAGAUCUUGCCAGAUGCAAGAUAUAAUAUUUUUAAUUUCAAAGUAAUCAGUGCACUAGAUAGCAGCAGUCCCUUGUGUUCUGUUUAUCUAGCUAGGUUUUUAAAUCACACUCCCCAUCACCUCAGUGUCUAACCUCAUCACUGAAAGUAAAAACCAAGAUGAUGAAAACCUCUGUUCUAAUUUUUCUUCCUACUUCUGUGGAAAUGGAUGCAAUUUUCCACGUUUUUAAUUUGCUUUUUCCCUUUUCCUUCCUUUUACUACUACUACUUCCUUCCUCUUUCUCCUCUCCUCUCUUUGUCUGAUUUAGUUUAGUCUGGGGGAACAACAACACAAAGAAGAGGGUUUUACACUCUGCUCUGGAGGCACUGGUAAUCAUUCUGAUCUCCGUCAGUGAUUAGUUCCAAGGUUCUGUUGCCCAGAAAACCUGGUCUCCCAUUCUUAUAAGCUUCACCCUUGAGUUUAACAGAUGCAUAGCUCCUGAAGAAUGUAGUUGCCCAGGAAGAUCAUCAUCACAGUGAGAGAGGGAGCAUUCUUUAAGAUAUCUAGAAUCAAUUCUAUGGAGGGGCUUGAAGGCAAGGAUGAAGACUUUGGUUUGACCAGGGAAUGGGAGUAUAACGCAGAGUACUGAGACAAUGCGAAAAGGAUGGCUGUUUUCUCCACUAAUUUUAGCUGUUUAAGGUGGGAGAGCUCAGACUAAGGUAAAGAGGGCUUUAGCAAUCCAGCUUGAAGAUCCUGAAAGUAUGGAUCACUGUAGCAAAGUUACCACCCAAAUACAACAGGGCACAAUGCUCUAGUCAGUGAAAAGGCAUUUUUCUGUAGUUGCAGCUAUUUCAGACUCCAGCAGCAGGGGGCAGCCCAAACGCACUCAAAAGGUGGGGACCAAUUUGACAACUGAGAGCUAGCCACCCUCAAUAGAAGGUGAGGUGAUGGGAUUUCAGCAAGGCAAAGGGACAGUUUGGAGCUGGUGUUCUCUGUGCUGGGGAGUAAAGGAGAUGUAGAGGUAGGUGCCACCUGCUGCCAUUUAAGACCAUGGCAACACACAGUUUCCCUAAUGGUUUCACCUAUGUUUUAAAGGCUGGGGAGAGAAUUGAUCCUUUUAGGUUGCAACAGCUGAGCUCUCUGGAGAUGGAGGAACACCACAAUCUGCAAGCAGCCUGAAAGGAGGACUGGCUCCAUUUCAGUGCUUUGCUGUUGACCCUAGAGGAGAUGCAGUAGUCUUCUAUAGUAAAUGGUCUCAAAACUGUAAAGAGUUGCACAAAGCAGGCAUGACAUAGCCAUCAUCCUGACAGUCCAUGCUCUCUCCUGGGGCCAAGGACUGCUUCCCACCACAGCAUCUAAAAGAGGUAGAGAAGAGACCAGGUGUUCCCCCAUCUCUACAUUGAUCAGUGGAGCUUACUGGCUACAAAGGGGAGUGAAUGCUACCCCACUUAAGCACACAGAGAUGUGCUCACUCUGUGUGCUAGAAAGUCCAGCACUGCAUCCAAGACUAGCCUGUGCAACUUGCAAUUUACAUUAUCUCCUGGGAAAUUAACAUUCAGUUCUGGGCUGUAAUAAGAUUCCUGAUCCUGAGAGAGACUGUGCAGCCCGAACUCCCAUUAUGGUAGGAGUUACAUGCUGAGAUGCAGGUGGUCCGUACCUCUCAGGAUCAAGCUCUUACCCAGCAUCCUGUAAGAGCAGCUCAUUUAUAACUAGGGCCCUACCAAAUUCACAGCCACGAAAAAGGCGUCAUGGAUGAAAUCUGGUCUCCCCUACCAUGAA